CCGACGACGACGACGACGACGAUGCAAGAAGGAUAGAACAGCCAAGAAUCGUCUACUGUGUGGUCGUCCAGCGGACACAGCCAUUGAGGGAGAAUCGGCAGCGCCAUCUCGGGCCGCGCGAGUGUCCUGUUCCGAUUUUUGCGGAAGGUGACGGAAGAAACGACGGUGCGAAUCCUCCGGUUGUCGCGGUCGGGUUUGUGCGGGACUUGGCGGAUACAGUGACCCCCAGCUCGCGGACGGAUCGAUGGCUCGUUGACAGCGCGACGACGGGACGGACGGUGGUGGGCGAAGAAGUGAGUGGUGAGGAGAUUUUCUCCUGUGUGUUAGAAAGGGGGCCCCGUGAAUGGCUUUUUUCUAUGUGAAGUCGGUGGUGUUCUUCUGCUUGGUUCUGCAUGGUUUUGGGGAGUUUUGUUCAGCGUGUCGUGUCCGUGCGUUAGUCCCAGCGGGGAAUACGGUGGACACAGAGCUUCGGGAAGUCCUCAAUUAGAAUGAUCCCUGCUGAAUGAGGCAGAAGCUUGAAUGAAGUGGAAAGUCGAGAGUGAGACGCAUGCAGCACACAAUACCAAAGGGGGAAAGAAGAAAAAGUAACACCAAGUUCGGGGCUGGUGUUAGUGAGGGGUUACAGAAAUUGCAUACAUGGCGUAUUGCGAACGGGAGUAAUAAUUCCAAAAUUUGACGGAUUCAUGAAUUGGAUCUACGGUGUACGAAGGUGCGAACGUUCAGCACCCGAAUCAAGCUAGCUCAGCACAGGAUCAUACGCGAGUCAAUCCAGUGGGAACCAACAGAAGAGUCGAUCCAUUUGGCUGGAGAAGACUGUCAUUAACCAGCCGUACACGCACACUACGAAGAAUCAGAAAGAGAUUCCUAUUUGAUUGAUUUUUGCUCCGCUGCGACUCUGCUUCUUCUUGACCGUGUGUGCCGUAGUGGAUACACACUCAACACAUUCCGGUUCUCCAUUCUUGUGGAUAAAAAGAAGAAAGAACAAGGAGUCACACUGGGGAGCACACACAGCAGUUCGCCAAAACGAUCAUUUUGCCACCAAACCAAUGGAUUACCUUCGGAAGAAAAAACUACAAAGAAUCGUGAAAGGUGAAUAAAAUCGUGUUUCGUGUGAAUCUUCUGCUCGCGUUUCUUUUCACCAAAUCGGGGUGAUUCCAUUGUUGUUCGUCAUUUAUAUCGGUUACCCGAAAAAAGCAAAAAAAGCAAAGGAAAUCAAUAUUGCAGUAUAGUGUGUGCUCAAUGUGUGCCUGGGUGCGUUUGUGUGCUUGUAUAUUUAUCGCAAAAUAGAGUGAAAGAAGCAGAGAGGAAGAAAACCGCCCGAAAACGGAAGGAAGAUCACGCGCUGUUUCGGUUUUUCUCCGUUUUUUUUAUUUAUUUGGGUGUGUGUGUGUGUCUGUUUCAUAUUGUAAUUAUUGCUAUUUUCGGUCACGUUUCGUGCGAAAGCAAAGCCGCGAACCAUUCCGGAGGCCUUUUUCUGGUGCCCUGUGUUCAGCGGAAAGGCAGCCAGCAAUAAUCCGGCGAUAACGACGACGACGACCACGGAGAAGAGCGAUAACCGCCGGAAGAAAUGUCCAGCGAAGAAGACAAACCUCCGGCGCCGCCGGUUCGGCUCACCAGCAACCGCGGGGGCGGCGAUCGGAUCGAUAGUGCCGCUCCGGUCGACAUGAAGCCACUGCCAAAAGAACCGGACGACGCGGACCGCAAGAAAAAGACGCUCAAGAACAAGAUCAAGGUCUCCAAAGCGUCCCACAACGACUCGAAACCAAACAUCUCGUACCCGACGAACUUCGAGCACACGGUGCACGUGGGCUUCGACGCCAUCACCGGCGAGUUCACGGGCAUGCCAGAGCAAUGGGCGCUCAUGCUGAAGAACUCCAACAUUAGCAAGCAGGAGCAGAAGAAGAACCCGCAGGCGGUGCUGGACGUGCUCAAUUGGUUCGACAACAGCAGCAAGCAGCGGCCCAGUUCCAAGUAUAUGACCCACGGUCUGCACACCACCACACACUCUGCAUCGUCCAUAGGUUCGUCGCUGAGCCGGGUCAGCAGCAGCAGCCCGAGCAGCACCCCGACCGACUCGGAAUCGCACGGCGGUGGCGUCGGCGGCCAGGUACAUCUGUCCAGUUCGCACUCGCAGGCGUACAGCUUAGGACCGCUGUCCUCGCACCACAACUCGGCCGGCGACCACGACAGCGACGAACUCGGCGGCAUCAGCAGCAGCGGGGGCAGCAUCGGCACCGGAAGUGGUGGUGGUGGCGGUGGCGGCGGCAUCGGCGGCACCAACAAUGGCGGAGUCAUCCCGCCGCUCAUCGCGAGCCGACCCGAGCGGACCAAGUCCAUCUACACGAGGCCUAUCGAUGACGGAACGACAACGACGCCACUCUCCCCGCCCAUACCUCCGCACCUCGGCAGCAACGCGCUCAACGCCGGCGUCCGCAGUCCCACCUUCGACAAGAACAAAAACUCGACGACGAUCCUCACGUCGACGGUGAACACCAACUCGACGACAGCGGCCGCCGCCGCCCCCCAAACGCCGAACAUUGCCGCCACCGCCGCCGCCCUCAGCAAUCUGAACAACGCCAACAGUCAACCGGCGACGGCGCAGCCCCAAGCGAUACCAACGGGCACGACGCAAACGACGACGGUCGUGCCGGCCGUUGGGUCUACGACGACGACCACGGCAACCGCCACCAAUGAGACCACGAACCAGCAGCGGACCAACACCAAGAAGAAGAAAAUCUCCGACGAAGAGAUUCUCGAACGGCUGCGAUCGAUCGUCAGCGUGGGCGAUCCCAAGCGGAAGUACAAUCGGAUGGAGAAGAUUGGCCAGGGUGCGUCCGGCACGGUGUACACGGCGAUCGAGAGUUCCACCGGCAUGGAGGUCGCCAUCAAGCAGAUGAACCUCAGCCAGCAACCGAAGAAGGAACUGAUCAUCAACGAGAUCUUGGUGAUGCGAGAGAACAAACAUCCGAACGUGGUCAACUACCUGGACAGCUAUCUGGUGUCCGAGGAGCUGUGGGUCGUCAUGGAGUACCUGCCGGGAGGUUCGCUCACCGACGUCGUUACCGAGACCUGCAUGGACGAGGGCCAGAUCGCCGCGGUUUGUCGCGAGGUGUUGCAAGCGCUGGAGUUCCUCCACAGCAACCAGGUCAUCCAUCGGGACAUCAAGAGUGACAACAUCCUGCUCGGGCUGGACGGCAGCGUCAAGCUGACCGACUUUGGCUUCUGCGCGCAAAUCUCCCCCGAGCAAGCGAAACGAACCACGAUGGUGGGCACGCCGUACUGGAUGGCCCCGGAAGUCGUCAACCGGAAGCAGUACGGACCAAAGGUCGACAUCUGGUCGCUCGGCAUCAUGGCGAUCGAGAUGAUCGAGGGUGAGCCGCCCUACCUGAACGAGAACCCGCUGCGGGCACUCUAUCUGAUUGCGACGCACGGCAAGCCGGAGAUCAAGGAAAAGGAGAAGCUCAGCCCGGUGUUCCAGAGCUUCCUCGACCAGUGCCUCGAGGUGGAGGUGGAGUCGCGAGCGACGGCCUGCGAGCUGUUGAGGCACCCCUUCCUGAAGCUCGCCAAGCCGCUGUCCACGCUGGUGCCGCUGAUUAUGGCCGCGAAGGAGGCCACCAAGGGCCACUGAGACCGGGAGCAGGAGCAGCCAAAGGGCAACAACAAUCCGCGUUGUGAUGACCAUCAAAAGCAGGAGGAGGGGAAAAAUGAGGAGGUCACGAUGGAUCAUCCCCUCGACGAAUCCAGUGAUGGGAGUAAAGAGGGGGGAGGUGUGUGAGAGAGUGAGUGUGUGUGUGUGAGACAGAGUGAGUGAGAGUGUUUGACGGUGAGAGUGAGAGAGCUAUUAUUACCUAAACGAGAAACAAGUGAAAAGUCAACCAAUAUUAAAUGUGUAAGUGCAAAAAGCAAGAAGCAAAAGUAAAUUAAAACAAACACUAUAUUUAAAACAUGUUACAUUUAAGCCCAGGAAAGUCUAAAAAGCGUUGUUAGAAUGGAAGCGUGUUUCUUCCCCAAACAGGAACAAUAACAGAGAGAGAGAAAGAAAGAGAAAACGUAAAAGUGUGAGAAAUAUUAAGAGUAACAAACAGGAGAAAACGAUGUUUAGCUUUAGAACUGCUACAUAACUGGAAACACAACGCAGAGAGAAGGAAGGAGAAAAGUAGGCCCGUUUUGUAAAUAUAGAGUACAAAAAAAAGCAAACGGCUAAAAGUUGCAUGAAAGCGGAAGCAAUUGUUCUCUCGCACAUAACUUUGACCAUCAGAACUUGAUCUGUUUUCGUUCGUUUUCUUUUCUCGAGAGAUGGUUGAACUGACUGACGCGUUGUGUAUGUGUGCGUGUUUGGAAGUUCGCUCAAACACAGAUGCCAAGGGUAAGAAGGAGAAAAGCUAAAAUGAGAUUAAUCACAUGUAACAUUACAACAACAGCAAACACAACAAACAAAUUUAAAAAAAGAGAAAAGUGCCUACACCAAGUGUAUGUGUCCGCGUAAAAAAAACUGAACAAAUCCAGCAAAGGUAACAACACAAAAUGAGCAAAAAUACACGAAAAACGAUUCCAAUGAUUUACGACACUACCCUUUUUGCGUGUAAGCUCGGAAUAACAAGUCAAAAUUAUGACCUAAACACUUUUUUACGUUCGUUCUCUCACUAUUUACGACUAUUGCUUCACGUUAAACUGUGCGUAUUAUAUAAUCACUUUUCGACUCUUUCUCAACAGGGAAAAGUGUGUGCUUAUCGCGAAAAAUUAAGAUAAUAUUUCAUUGGAAUCGAGUUCGCUUACAACAUAACAGCGUACAACUGAAUCAAACACCAAAUUUGAGGUUUUGGAUUAAUUUCCGUACCCUGCAAAAAAAAAAUCUGCGAAAUCAAAAGCUUGACACAUCUCCUCUCCGAGAGAAGCAAACCCUCACUCUCAAUUGCCAGAUAACAUUUCUCUCUCUCCCUCUCUCUUUUUCUCUUUUGCAAUAACUGAGCGAGAGACAGAAAGAGCCUGCUAACGGUUGAGAAGCAGAGAAAGAGAGCAUCGUGAAAAAGAGAAUUCUGUCGAAGAGAGAACAAAACACAAAUGAGAGAGCAAUUUUCUGGAGAAAUUUCUUUUAUUUUUGAUUUGAAUGAAAAAUUUAUAUUCGUCCAUUCAAAUUUCCAUUCAAAUUGUCGAAUAGCUGACCAUACAAAAAGCUUAAAAGUGGGAAAAGUUGGAUUUUGGAACGAAAUUACUUUUUUAAGGUUUUAAAACAUAACUUAAAAUUAAACUGGGCCAAAAGUUUAUUUUUAUUUUUAAGCGUUUAUGUAUGAAACAUUUGUAACAAUUUUUGAUCGAUAUUUUAAUAUUUAAAAAAAAUUCAGCUCCAUUCUCGUUAAGAAUGUUUUUUUUAUUCUUAUUUGGAAAAUUUAUUUUAAAAAAUCAAUGAGUUCAGAUCAAUAAUUUCUAAGAAAUCGUAACUUGAAAAUUUUACGUUAUGCAAAUGGCAUUUAAGAAACAUACUUUUUCAAUCUUUAAUUCUUCUUCUGUUUCUUCUUUCUUCUUCCUCUUUUUUUUAAACUUUCAAUGCAAAUAUUAGGUUAAAAUGUCACCUUUCAAUUUAAAAAAAAAAUGUUUUUAAAUACUUUCCGUUUUCGGAUAGUUUUUAAUUGGCACUAUUAUCUGUCUAUAAAUUAUAUCAAUUUGCGCUUAAAUCAAAAUGACCUAAUAAGGCUUUCUAGCCCAGUGAAAAAGUAUAAUUUAACCCAAAAAUUACGAACUUCUCGUCACAGUGUCCUGAUGCAAACAAUGAUCGAGCUCGAGCUGUCACAGCCCUGCGAAGGAUGUUGGCUGACAUAUCGGGCGUUCAGUAAAAAAAACCAGCUAGAAGUAGCCUGACAAAAAACUUUUGCUAGAAAGAGAUAGCAAAUGUGAUGCAAACAAACGUCCAGCUGUCAUGUAAAAAUACUUUGAAUGUGUUGGUAAAUUUCUGACUAGAAAGCCUUAUAGGCCUAUAACAUUUCCCCAAAUUUCCCAUAAAAAGGGACAUUAGUAAGGACAGCUCGAAAAAUUGAAAAUUGAACUUGAUAUGCAAAAUGACGAUUUAUUCUUUUUUCAAAUUAAAAAACACAAAAUAAUAUUCGUACUUUUUUUCGAAUUACGAAACACAAAAUAAUGUGUUACAAAAUUUAUGCUUAGGAAAAUUGCUUAACCUAAAAACAUUCUCUCGUAGAUAAUCAAAAGCUCAAGGACGUAUUAGACUAUACGGCAAACAAACAAACUCGCACUUUUUGACAGUUUGGCAGUUCGUUUGUAGAAACAUAAGCCUGCAUGCAUGUUGCCUUGUUUGCGAGUUUAGCAAACUGACAAACAUGAAAAGUGCGAGUUUGUUUGUUUGCCGUAGUCUAAUACGUCCUUCACUCUCAUUUGUUUGUCUCUCUUUCUCUUUUGAAAUAAUUUAGCGAGAGCGAGUAAAAGCCUAAGCUGCGAGAGAGUAUAGAAAGAGAGAAAGGCAAGAAAAUGCAACUCUGUCGGAGAGUGGAAAGUUCGGCGCAAGUACGGAAAUAAUAGCAAGCAAAAUAACAUUGUUUACCCAGCUUAAGUUUUCAACAAUUUCAACAAACAAAAAAAAAGAAAAUCAUCAAAUUUCUGCCCCAUUUCUCAACCACUGUAAAUAGCCAUCAAUUUCUCUUUCUCUGUAUAGCGUUUAAACGUGUAAUAUUUUUUGGCAACAUUUUAUUAUUUUCAAUUUUUGUGAGUAAACACGAAAAUAGUAAUACAACAAAACUAUUAGGUAAACACCACCACCACUGUGUGUAGAUAGAAGCUAGAAACGGAGAAAUCAGUCGUUAGCGCGUGUGCGUGUGUGUGUUUGUAGUUAUUGAGUGCAAAACAAGAAAAGAUACGUAUCCAUUAUUGAGCUUUCCAUUCAAAUUGUCGCAUUUAAAUCGUUUAUCUUUGUUUUAAAACAUUUUAUUUUGGUUUUUUUAUUUAUUCUAAAAUUUCGAGAGAAAGGCGAGAUUUACGCAAUCGGAGACUUGUUAGGUGUUCGCAAAACCCACGUAUACUUUCUAUUAAUUGUUUUGAAUGGAAAACUAAGCCAUGAUCACGCAUAUUACUGAACAUAUUAUCUCUAUAGCCUGUGUACAAUGUAUAGAAGAGCAAACAAAAAAACAACAACCGAUUUGGCGGACACGGUUAAAAAAUCACACCCUGUUAGUUUCGCAGCAAAACCCGUAUCGAAAACUUUCAUUAAUCGCAUCCUACUUAUAUAACUCGCAGAAUGCAGCAAAACAAAAGAACCCCUGUAUCUAAACGAAAAUUAUUCUAUACACACGCAUUAUAUAUAAACAAAACAAAACUAUAACACGUAAAGAAACAGGAAGAGAAAAGCGAUUGAUUCGCGCACACAAACACAUAAUAAAAAGGAGAUGCGACAAAGUAAGAAAAACCGAGAAAGUAUAUAUACAUAUUAGUUAAUAGUGUGGAAAUGCUGAAAAAUUAUGGAUUAUCAAAGCAGCAAAAAAAAAAGGAUUGCUAUUAGCGGAAGGAGUAGCAUCGGAAAAAAUAAUAAUAAUGUACUAUUGAAUUUAGUUUCCUCAAUGCUCCUCCCCACUCUAAUAUGAUUAUUAUAAAUUAUAUGAAGAAAUAAAAAAAAGAAACCCCUACAAUAACACACACAUGUAUCAAAACAGACACAGACACACAUUUAGAUGAAAACAAAGUAAUUAAAACAUAGAGAGGAAAAAUAAAUCAGAAGCAUUUUAUAAAAUAAUAA